AUUAGAGAGCAACUUUGAAUUAGAAAGUAAGCUUAAAUUAAAAAAUUUAGUUGAAUUAGAAAAUAAGCCUGAAUUAGAAAGUAAAAAUGAAUUACAAGAUGAACUUGAGUUAGAAAGUAGAAAUAAAUUAGAAGAUAAAUUUGAGUUAGAUAGUGAGUCUAAAUUAAAAGAUAUGUACCACUUAAUAAUUACUAGAUCAAGAUCAAAAUAUAAAUCUAAAUUAGUAAAAGAGCUUGAAUCAGAAAGUGG